AUGGCUUCCAAGGCUGCUCCGCCGACCGGCGUCCGCCCCAACCACACCUUGUACUGCUCCAAUCUGCCCGACAAGCUCCAGAAGGAUGAUCUCAAGCGCGCCCUGUACAUGCUCUUCUCCGUCUAUGGCUCCAUCCUCGACAUUGUCGCCAUGAAGACCACCAAGAUGCGCGGCCAGGCCCAUGUCUUGUUCCGCGACGUCUCGUCCAGCACACAAGCCAUGCGCGCGCUACAAGGCUUUGAAUUCUUUGGCAAGGAGAUGGUAUGUUUGAUUACGACCUCCUUUCUUUGCUCUUCGCAUCGAGCUAAUCGGCGCAUUAGNAAAAUCACAUAUUCGGCGACAAAGUCUGACACGCUUGCCAAACUCGACGGCACCUACAAACAGCCUCCCCCACCCGAGGCCCCUGCCGCCGCCCAGCCAAACAGCCUCCAGCAAUCAAUAUUCUCAGGUGCUCCAGGCGCCUCUACUGCUCCUGGAGCCACCGCGCCGUUAGCUCCGCCNCCUACACUCGACUCGGCUACUAGUGUUCCUGCUCAAACUGCCGGUGUAAAGCGACCCAGGGACGAAAGUGAUGACGGGAGAGAAGAAGAGGCUCCCAUGGACAUGGACGAUGAAGCCAUGGAAGAGAGCGACGAAGAAUAG